CAUUCAUUCGCAUUAACAUUCGCCAUCAUCAUCUUGAACGAGUCAUGCUGGUCAUCAAGCAGCUCAUCGGCCAACUUCCUGUUGCUGGUCCAUCAAGAUGCAAUCCAGCAUCUCAGAUACGGCACUUCAGCAAUGGCAUCAUACUCUUGUCCGGCCAUAACAAAUGGUCAAAGAUUAAACACAAAAAGUUAGCAAAUGAUACGACAAAGAGUACAGGAUACAGCAACUUAAGUAGAGAAAUCAUUGCUGCCGUUCGAAAUCAUCCACAAAAAUCUGCUUCACCCGAACAUAAUGCACGAUUAGGGCAGAUCCUACGCAAAGCGAAAAGUAUGGAAGUCCCCAAAGAUAAAAUUGAAGCAACUUUGAAAAAAGCCGAAAGUAUCGGAGCAGGAGGCGGUGGACAAACAGUCACGUAUGAAGCUUUAGGUCCGGUUUCAUCAGAUGGCAUUCCGGUUGCUUUGAUCGUUGAAUGCUCUACCGAUUCACCUCCACGAACACAUGCCCGCGUAAAAGAAGCAUUCAAUAAGAAUGACAUAAGACUUUCUUCCACAACACACAUGUUCACUCGAACGGGCGUCAUUCGACUCAGUGCGGCAAAAGGUGCAACUUUUGAUAGUGUUUUCGAAACAGCUGUUGAAAAUGGGGCAGAAGAUGUGAGAGAGUGGGAAUUAGAUGAAGAAGAUAGUCAAGGCGGAAUAGGCGUGGAAAUUACUUGUGAACCAACAAACCUUCAAAGUCUGACGGCCACCUUGUCUUCAGCACCAUACGGUCAUACAAUAUUGGAAUCGGAACCCAUGAUGAUUUUCAAUGAUGCUCCGGUCCGGAUAAGGGGCAUUCAUGAAGAAGAAGGAAGUGCGGAAGAUGCAGCUUCGUCCGGAUGGCUACAGGAGGACACACUCGUAAAGAUGGACAAGAUGCUAGGAAUGUUGGAGGAGAACGCAGAUUGCUCGAGAGUGUGGAGCAAUAUCGAAGGCUGGCCAUCAAGGUGAGCGGAUGCCACCAAGAAUUUAAUAGAUUCAUCCCGACAACAAUUUGUAUCAUAAACAUCAUAGAUUACAAUUUCGCAAAGGUUAAUUCGACUCAACUACAGUAGGAGUUAUUGGUGAAAGUAGAGGUGUGCGAGAUUGAGAUUGUAAUGAGCUCUCAGUAGUUUCGUCACUUGGUGGCUCUUCCUCUGCAAGUUUUUUGCAGGUACACCAAGCAUACCAUAAUUGGGAGUGUAGUUGCAAUACGUCUUCUUUCCAGCUCUUGACAUUUUCGCCAGCAACCUUUCUGAAUUCUUCCGUUAGCUUGAAACAUCUUUCAAUAUUGUAAGG